AUGCAACAGCAGAUGCAACAGCAGCAGGCCGCACUUCAGGCUCAGUAUGACCGAGAGCGAGCUCAGAUGCAGCAACAGAUGCAGCAGCAGGCAGCUGCUCCUGUUCCUGCUUCUGCCCCUUCGUUCAACUUUCCAGUUGCCGGUAUGAACUUGAAACCUCCUCCGAACUUUACUCCGGUUGCCUCGGCCAUCUUUACUCCGGUCAAGCCUUCACCCAAGCAGGCUGCAGCCAAACCUUCAGCCAAGCCAAAGCCACCACCACGAGUUGAGACUGUCUUUACUCCAGUUGAAUCUCCAGUGCCGGCUCCAGCGCCGGCUCCAGCCGUUCGGAAGAAGCGAAGCAAGGAGUCACCACCUACAGUCUUUGGCCAAGGGCAACCAAUUAAGAAGCGGAGCUUUGAUGAGGAUGAUGGUGGUGGCACCAACGAAGAGUUGAUCUAUGAAGACGAGAAUGAAGUGACACUCUCAACAGAUAGUAGCAGUGGCAGUGGUAGCAACAGUGACAGUGGAACGGAUAGCGAUGACGACGAGAUCCGAGGUGUCUAG